AAACGGCGCUUCUUCAUCUUCUUUCUCGCGCUUCAAUUUCUCUUUUGAAUAAUAUUACUGAUGAUCAUGAAUCGUAACAGAUCGAACAAGAAAAUCCUCCAUAGCAGUAGCAGUUUCCAGAGAUCAAUCUCUCCUUCUGGAAGAUUCUGUUCUUCGUCAAUUUCAUCGUCGUCAUCUACCUUUGCAUCGUCAAUCUCUGGAUUAUCUACUCGCUCUCCAGGUUUUUUCAUUCGAUCUACUUCUCCAACACGCGUUAAUUUCGGAUCCUCACAAACAUCUCCAUCUAUUCGUUUCUCAAUCGAUCGAUCGACUUCUCCUGGCCGAUCGAUUGCCGUUUCCAACAAGCCGAAUCAGAAGGUUUCUAAUCAGAAGAAAACGUGUAUGUGCUCGCCGACGACGCAUCCAGGUUCGUUCCGAUGUAGUUUACACAAGAACACGAACAAUCGUCGGAGUCGGAACGAAGCGACGUCGUAUCAUUCGAAUCGGCUUUAUGCUCGUAGAUCGGCUAUGACGAAUUCUCUUGUUCGGAUUGGAACUGUUGAAGGAGAUCUGAUGAAGAGAGCUUUAGCUUCUUUGAUUCGUCCUUCGUCGCAUCAGCAAAGGAGACGAGCGGAUUUCCAGCCAAGACCUAGUCGGCUUUCGAUUAUGUCGAAAGCUGAAGAUUAAUCAGUUUUCAUAGAUUUCAUAUUUUGAUUAUGCAGUCAAUUUUACUAGUUGUUGCCGGCGACGGCGAAAGGAGUAUUGAUCGGUUCCAUCCACGGCCAGUUUUAUGGCCUGAACUUUCGAUCUUCUUCUUCUUCUUCUACUAUACAGUAUACUACAUAUCUUUAGUUAGAUAGGAUGAAAAUAAAGAACAUAUAAUAGAUCUUCUAUAAUAAACUCAAUUCAUCUGUAAAUCCUUGUAUCAAAACGCAAAAGGAUUCAACAAACACUACAAAUUACAUAUAAAUCAUCAGAGUCUUGAUCAUCAUAAUCUGGUGACCGGUGGUGUAUAUAAUAAAUUAUUUCUGUGAAGAUUAUGAAUUAUGAUCUUCACUUAUUGUUUCGUGUUAAUGAUUGAUUGAUUGAUUGUUGUGUUUGUAUUCCAUUGCAGACAAUAAUAAACUUGAACUU